ACAAAAAUGGUAGCGCAUGCAAACAGCGGCAGUCCCGUUGCGAACAGGUGGAGUCCUCCUGCUUGCCCGACUUACUUGUGGUGUAAAAGAAGGUAAAGCUUGAAGGUCUUGGACUGUGAAGCUCAAGAAAUAAAAUGAUUUGCCUGGAGAUUUCGGGGGAAAAUGUUUGCUUCUGACCGGCAGAACGGAGGCCCUAGCAGUGGUCAGUGAAGAUCAGGCUAUAUUUGAUCCCCCGUAUGGACCCCCUCCUCUACUGAAGGUGGAGAUGACAUCGCCAGGCAACUUCACUCAGUCUGCCAAAGAGAGCCCUGAAGCCGUCGAGCAGGACUGGAUCAGUCAGAGCAGCAGGGUGGCUGUGAAGAGGGAGGUCGAGCACAUCAAUGGCUCCAGGGAGUCGCCAGUGGAUUGCAGUGUCACCAAAAGGAACAGAAUUGUGAACAACUCGGAGGCCGGUCAAAUGGGCUACCACACUACCUACCAGGAGCAGAGGGGCAGUCCUCCCACCAAUCCCCCCAGCAAUACCACAGAAGAGAAGAGAGUCAUCGUACCUGCAGAUCCCAGCGUAUGGACUCAUGACCACGUCCGGCAGUGGGUGGAGUGGGCCAUCAAGGAGUACGGACUUGUGGAUGUGGACGUGUCUCUGUUUCAGAAUAUUGACGGCAAGGAGCUGUGCAAAAUGACAAAGGAGGACUUGUCCUUGCUGACCACGGUGUACAACACGGACAUCCUGCUCUCACAUCUCAGUUACCUCAGACAAAGCAGCCCCACUUUCUCUUACACGGCUCCUCCGGUCCUCACACAGCAGCCGCAGCGGCUACAGGUGAAGACGGAAGCAAAUUAUGAGGAUAUCAGAAGGACCAGCACAUGGGGGAACCCAGUAAACAACGUCCCGAAAGGGUCACCGCCGCAAAUCCAGCCAGCCAGCCGAGUGUCAGAACAGGCGCCAAGGACAGUGCCAGAUCCGUACCAGGUGCUUGGUCCAACCAGCAGUCGCUUAGCCAACCCAGGGUCUGGCCAGAUCCAGCUAUGGCAGUUCCUUUUGGAGCUUCUGUCUGACAGUAGCAAUUCAAGCUGCAUCACGUGGGAAGGCACCAACGGCGAGUUCAAGAUGACCGAUCCAGACGAGGUGGCAAGACGAUGGGGCGAGAGAAAGAGCAAACCCAACAUGAACUAUGACAAGCUGAGCCGGGCCUUGCGCUAUUACUACGACAAGAACAUCAUGACCAAGGUGCACGGCAAGCGAUACGCCUACAAGUUUGACUUUAAUGGCAUCUCCCAGGCACACCAAAGCCACUCCAGUGACACGGCUGUCUACAAGUACCAGCCCGAUAUGCAGUAUGUCCCUCCGUACCACAGCCAAAAAAUGAACUUUGUCUCUUCCCACUCCACCUCUGUGCCUGUGGCCACCGGAAAUUACUUUGGAUCCCCCUCGACAUACUGGAACUCAACCACAAGCACCAUCUACAGCAGUCCUGCCGUCCCCAGACACCCAACCACUCACGUGUCCCCCCACAUCAACCCGUUCUACUAAAAAAAAAAUAAAGGCACUCUUGACUGCUCUGGAACAGGUCACGCCAGUUUGUGGCCCACAAAGUGAAAAGAUUCCUUGAAAACGCGGGCAGAGUUUCCUUCAAGCACGUACUGUAUAACAAGAGUUUGUUGAGUUCUGGUCACCGUGAGUGGGGGACAUGUUUAACAGCUUUGAGGUUUUUUAAUCGGAACAAAACCUCGGUCUCUGAACAGUACACACGGUGGCAAAUGGAUGGACCUGUCUUACCUGCUACUGCACGAUGGAUGGACACACUGAACGGAAUGCAUCUUAGGAUUAAAUGACUAGCAGACAAGUUCCCAGACCAGUAUUAGUACAGAGACUUAAAGACGAGCCCAAAAAUACCGAACACAUUUCAUUUCACACCAGGGUGAAAUCAAACGAGAGGAGCAAGCUUUUUUACCGGGCUUUGAUACCCCACUAGAAAGGCACAACCCUGUGGCUUCAAUGUCCUCCUCACCACCUCCAAUCAAAUCGUGGUCAAUUUCAAAAAUUACCAAGGUGCUUUUAUUCAAAAAAUGUUUUUUUUUCCUAAACUUCCAUCAAUACUGCAGUGCUCUAGGCACCCUGGACGGUGGGUUAUUGUAUAGUUUAUCUUUCAGAAAACACUGGAAACUGAAUUGUAACAAUGGUUGGGAAUUCCAUCCAGAACCCACUGUUCAUGGCCAGGCAGGCAACCGAAAUACUGAAAAUGAGGAGCGCUCGGUCUGGACUGAUACCACGUAUGGGAAUCUUCUGGGUGGUAAACCCUAGAGAUCGGGAGAGCAGACUUCCAGGCAGGUGGGAGGUGGGCUCAUAGGAAUUCCUCCAGAUCUUCUUGGUUUACAAUGAAGAGGGCCAACAGCCAGUCCAUGGUGUAACAUCAGUUUGCUUCCCUGGUGUCCCCCAAGAUUUGAGACACAUCCACGACUGUAACACCAUAUAAAGCCGGGAUGUAUUCUUCCAGCACAGAAUACUUCAGUAUGGCUUUGCAGUCCACCACUGUGCCCAAGAAUCGUUUCUUUAAAAAAAUUCAUUCUCAUUACGAUCUUAGUUGCUGCUAGAUAAGAC